AUGACAAAGGACAACGGAUGCAGCAAAUAUUCAGGACCGAGCUAUUAUAUUCCCAGAACAUAUGAUCCGAAGCGUGCCUAUCCGUGGUUAACGAAUGUAACUCAUCUGGGAAUGUCGAGCAACAAGAAACAAGCAAUUGAAGCAGCCAUCACCAGGCCAAAUGUUUUUCUAAGGAGUGUUUAUCCAUUGGACAAAGCUAAUGUGUCACUUGGUACCGAUUCCAAUUGUCCGUCUAUUCCGGGGCAAGUUCAAGGCAGACUUGCUGCGAGGCCUUCGCCAUUUCUGUACACGGCUAAUGUGUCACCUGGUACCGAUGGUAUUCAAGUGGGCACAGUUGAGGCAAAUGCUCAUCUUGCUUCAGAGAGCAAUUCGAAUCUGGGAGGUAACGCAAAAAAACAGAAAGCUUGCACAAGAGAGAAGCUAGCCGCGGCUAGUGAGCCUGGCCCUAACAUAUACCCGUUAUCUAACCAGAGUCUGUUAUCGACCGGAGUAUUUGAUGGGGCUCCAGUAAAGUACACUUCGUGGAGCGGUGAUAUAAUUCUUCAUGGUGUCAUAAAAGGGUCAAAGAUUCUUUGCAGCUGCAACAAAUGCAACAACUCUCAAUACAUUAGCCCCUGCCAGUUUGAGCGCCAUGCUGGAGGGAAGACCAAGAAGCCGUAUUCUUGCAUCUACUUGGAGAAUGGCAAGAGCAUCAACCAAGUUUGUCGGGAGCUAAGGACCACUCCCAAGGAUAUGCUUUUUCAUCGGCUUCCGAAAAUCGCUGGUUCCGCUUUUACUUGGCUGAGCUUUAACAAUUACGAAGGUCAAGUCAAUCCCGAAUGCAAAAAAGCAAAAUAAUUUUAUUUGGA